UCCCGCUCCUGCUGCCAGAGCGUCGAAGAAGAGCUGUUCCGUUUUCCUUUCGGCUCCCGCCCCGCUCCGCCAUCAUGAAGUCCUGAACAAAAACGGAUGAGAGUCGAGCAAAAUGGGGAUAACACGAACUGGAGAUGAAAUCCGCCUACUGCAUUAACGUAAUGACAGUGCAAAGCGGAGAAGGGAGCGGAGCCGCGGAUUUUCAUGAAUCAGUUUCCCAGUGAAAACCUCCCGGGCAGCUCCUGGCGUUACGUUAUUUCGUUAGCGGCGUUGCUAACAGCAGCCAGAGCUAGCCCCUGAUUUUCUCUGGAAAGGCUGGCUAGCUUAGCUGGCAGGCGUCAGUCAGCUAGCUGUCACUUUAACUGACUGCCACUUAACUCAUGUCAAGUCGUACAGACGUGCUUGCUGUCCAAUUGACUGGGAGCUUCAGGAUGGCGAGGAGUUUAAGCAAAAGCAUCGACAGGCAGAAUGUGGUUUGUUCGUGUUGAAUAGACACGAGUGCCGAGGAAAGGGGAGUGAGACCAAUAUUUUCCAGCCAGGCCGGUGAGCUAGCUCUUGAGCUAGCUACAGUGGAUCCCAAAAGCCACGGCGCUGGCCAUGCCGUCGAGUGUGCGGGCCGGGAGCCUGAAGGACCCGGAGGUGGCUGAGCUGUUCUCCAGGGAGGAUCCCGAGAAGCUCUUCACGGACCUGAGGGAGAUAGGUCAUGGAAGCUUCGGAGCAGUCUACUUCGCCCACGACAUCCGCACAAAUGAGGUGGUGGCCAUCAAGAAGAUGUCCUACAGUGGCAAACAGUCCAAUGAGAAAUGGCAGGAUAUCAUCAAGGAAGUGAAGUUCCUCCAGAAACUGCGCCACCCCAACACCGUAGAGUACCGUGGCUGCUACCUGAGAGAGCACACAGCCUGGCUGGUGAUGGAGUACUGCUUGGGUUCAGCUUCUGACCUCUUAGAAGUUCACAAGAAACCCCUGCAGGAAGUGGAAAUAGCCGCCAUAACCCACGGUGCACUGCAGGGACUGGUGUAUCUUCACUCUCACAACAUGAUUCACAGGGAUGUGAAGGCAGGAAACAUCUUGCUAACAGAGCCGGGUCAGGUCAAACUGGGAGAUUUUGGCUCGGCCUCCAUAGUCGCUCCGGCCAACUCCUUCGUGGGAACACCUUACUGGAUGGCCCCCGAGGUGAUCCUCGCCAUGGACGAGGGUCAGUACGACGGGAAGGUGGAUGUGUGGUCACUUGGCAUUACCUGCAUAGAGCUGGCGGAAAGGAAGCCUCCUCUGUUCAACAUGAAUGCUAUGAGUGCCUUAUACCACAUCGCCCAGAAUGAGAGCCCUGUGUUGCAGUCGAAUCACUGGUCGGAUUAUUUCCGCAAUUUUGUGGACUCCUGUUUGCAGAAGAUCGCCCAGGACAGACCUACCUCUGAUGUGCUGCUCAAGCACCAUUUCCUAUGCAGAGAGCGUCCAAUGACAGUUGUGAUGGACCUGAUCGCACGCACCAAGGAUGCUGUCCGUGAGCUGGACAACCUUCAGUACCGGAAGAUGAAGAAAAUCCUCUUUCAUGAGGCACACAAUGGUCCUGCACCAGAAGGAGGUGAUGAGGAAGAGGACGUGGAGCAGUAUAUGCUGCGCACUGGCACAGUCAACAGCAUGGAGAGCUCCCACUCUCUGCCAUCCAUGUCCAUCAGUGCCAGCUCCCAGAGCAGCUCGGUCAACAGCCUGGCAGACGGCUCCGAUGACAGCGGGGAGAUGGCCAUGAUGCAGGAGGGAGAGCACACCGUCACCUCCAACAGCUCCGUCCUGCACAAGCCCCUGAGCCAUGACAACAUCUACGAUGACCCCUAUCAGCCAGAGGUCGACUCGCAACGUGAAGCUUCGUCAUCCGGCGGCGGUGGAGGAGGAGGCGGUCGGCGUAGACGAGGCCGAGACCAUUUUGCCACCAUCAGGACGGCCUCGCUGGUCACCCGUCAGAUCCAGGAGCAUGAGCAGGGCUCAGCCCUCAGAGAGCAGAUGUCCGGGUACAAGCGAAUGCGACGGCAGCACCAGAAGCAGCUCAUGGGUCUGGAGAAUAAGCUGAAGGCUGAGAUGGACGAGCAUCAGCUGAGGCUGGACAAGGAGCUGGAGAAUCAGAGGAACAGCUUCUCAAUGGAAGGAGAGAAAUUCAACAAGAAGCACCAGGCCAUUCUGGAGAAGGAGACAAAGGCAGUCCUGACUGAGGAGAAGAAGUUCCAGCAGCACAUACUGGCCCAGCAAAAGAAGGAGUUGACCAGCCUGCUGGAGUCUCAGAAACGGCAGUAUCGACAACGCAAGGAGCAGCUCAAAGAGGAACUUAAUGAGAACCAGUCGACACCAAAGCGGGAGAAACAGGAGUGGCUGGUGCACCAGAAGGAGUGUCUGCAGCAGCUGCAGGCGGAGGAAGAGGCCGGCCUGCUGCGGAGGCAGAGGCAGUAUUAUGAGCUCCAGUGUCGCCAGUACAAGAGGAAGAUGCUGCUAGCACGCCACAACCUGGAGCAGGAUCUGCUCAGAGAGGAGCUGAACAAAAAGCAGACUCUGAAGGACCUGGAGUGUGCCAUGCUGCUGCGUCACCACGAGUCCACCCAGGAGCUGGAGUUCCGCCAGCUGGGUUUGGUGCAGCGUACGCGGGCCGAGCUGAUCCGCACGCAGCACCAGACGGAGCUCACCAACCAGAUGGAGUACAACAAGAGGCGUGAGCAAGAGCUGCGUCAGAAACACGCCAUGGAGGUCCGCCAGCAGCCCAAGAGCCUCAAAGUGAGUGAGAGCACCCAGAGCCAGGGGUCUCCUGAGGAGAGAGACAGCCAGGAACCAGAGGGGCAGAGCGCCAGCUGGGACAGCGAGGCAGGGGCAGUAGAGGUGGAGGACGAGGGGGACGGCGAGUUAGAAAAGGAGAAGAGAGUGGUAGCAAAGGAGAUGUGUGAGGCUGGGGAUGAGCUCCAUGGAGCAAUAGUAGAUGAAGUUUUCAGAGGAGGAGAGGAGGGGGAGGGAGAUUCUGUGGUUGAAAUGAAGGAUGAGGUAGAUGAGGACAGUAAACUGAAGGCAAAUGAUAGCAGAGAAGAUGAAGAUGAAUGGAAAAUUGGUGAGGAAGGGACAGAGCUGAGGGAGGUAGAAGGAGUGCAGUGGGAGUACGAGGAGGAUCGAAGUAAAAUGAAGCACGUAGACACCGAUGAAGAAGAAGAAGAGGGCAGAGGUGUGGCUGACGGUUGUCCAUCAGAGCUCAUCUCAUCGUUGUCCCCAGAAAAGAGGCGUCUCCGUCAGCGAGACAUCGAUGAGCUGUCAGAGUUUUACUUCCCCGACGCCUCAGAGGAGCUGGAGCCAAUACCCGUCUCCACCCCUCCCCCGCCUCCCCCCACCCAGACUUCCUUCCCUUCGCUCUUCUCUCACGGCAUCUGCCUCCUCCUCUCCCUCUCUGCCGCUGCUCAGCCCUCCAACUUCACUCUGCUGCUGCUCUCCAUCUUCCUCCUCUCCCUCCGUCGCUCUCCUCCCCUGCCCUCGGUGGCCUCGGUCCUGCUCUCCGCCGAGCUCGCUUUCCUGGCGCUCUUCUUCUCGUACCUCUUCCUUCGUUCCUGCUGCUCUCUGUCGCUCUCCACUUACCUGUCGCUCAGCCUCUGGGCCAGCGGCCUCUUCAGUUUAGGACUCUCCCUCAGUUUGGGCAUUUAUUACAUCCCCAUGAUUUUGAUCUCCGCCUCUUUCCUCAGCUCUCCCUCCCUCUUCCUUUCCCUGUACUUGGUUGUGGUGCUGAUUGUCAGGCCGGCCCGUGACUUCUUCCAGCAGGCACCUCGCAAAGUCAACCGCCUCUGCAUGCGCGUCCUUUUCCGCCUCCCCCGACCCCUGUUUGCCAUGUGCCAGUCAGUGCUGGGCGGCGUGGCUGAGCGCAACCUUUACGAGAUGUUUCCCAAAGCUGGCCGUAACUGGGGUGUGCGUCAGUCCAAAAUCCCGGUUCCCCUGAAGAGCUUGCCGUUAGAGUAUCAGGCUCAGUGCCGUAACGCCUCUCUGCUGGCCAAGGUGCUGCUCUGGGGGAGGCGUUUCAGCCGUCGCCCCCUCGGCGUCCUGGCAGACCUCGCUAACGCCGUGGUGCUAAAGCUAGCAAGGCUGGCGCUUAAAAAGCUGCCGCUCAGCGUUCGGAUCAAACUCCAAACUCUGGGCCUCUUAAAGAAGGAAAUCCCAAGCAGGUUGCCCCUGUUGUUGCCCCGAGAGGUCAGAGAGAGGAGACAGAGGGAGAGGAGGAGGAGAGAGAGGGAGAGGCAGAGGAGGGAGGAGAGGGUGAGGAUGUUUCGUGAGGAGGGGAGGUGGGAGUGUGGAUUGAGGCGAACUUCAUCUGGAAGGUUUGUCAGGGGGAAAAUUCGACCGUGGAGAUAGCAGGAGAUGAAAAAGGAAAAAAAAAAAAACCCAAACAUGCUGGUGAUACGUGUGUGUGACUGUUGUCCAACCAUCGUUUGUGUGUCUUUUUUUGGUUUGGGGCCCACAUGUGUCUCUUCUUGCAUAAUUCCCAAACUGGUUUUUGGUCACAUUUCUUCAAAAAUGAGCCAUAUUUAAUCUGCACACACACAGCGCUGUGCAUGUGUGUGUGCUGGCUGAAGGUGAUUUUGGCUGCAGAAGCUUUUCAAACCUGUGUGCACACCGAGCCAUGCUGUUAAAUGAGCGGCAUCUCGAACAAGCAGUCGAACCCACAGUUGCUGAACCAAACCCAGUGAAGCUGAAACAUUUCAUUAUUGUGCUUUUUGUAAAAGUUCCAUAGUUUCUUGAAUUUUAUUAUUUUGCUCUUAAUUUGUAAGACAAAUAUUUUUAUGGUUAUUUUUAAGACCGUUUUUGUGCAAUCUUUUGUUUUUCUUUAUGGUGGUCUUAUUUCUCAGUGCGGUAGAACAAACGUGUCAGUGUCGCGUCGCUCCACGGCUUUCAUUUCACUCCCUGAAGCUGAAUACUGUGAAAAAGAAAAAGGAUGCUCAGUAAUUUCACUAACAUCACCCUGAACACUAGCUCUCAGCCAGUAGAAAAGUGCAAUAAAGAGCUGAGUAGAAAUAUCUUGGACCACUGUAAGACAUUGUUGGAAAAUAGUUAGUAUUUGGACCUACAAUAAUACAGCGUGGGGCCAUUUAGCUGGAGCAUAACGCCUUUCCAUGUAAACUAGAAUAAGCCUGCCUGCCAUAAAUGCUGGCUUCAGUUAUAAUUAUAUAUACGCAGCUGGUGAAACCAUCAUCUUCCAGAUACUAGUUAGAUGUGCUAUUUUAUUGCGCUUUAUGCAAUAAUCUUGUUAUGAUUUACCAUGUAAACAUCUUUACCCCUAAGAAUCAGCAUAGUGCCUAGUUUCAACCGUUUGCACAAAUGUUAAGUUGUGAAGUGACGUAUCCGAAAAUUAUAGUGGAAACAUAGGACACCAGGAUCUAGUCUGGAGUAGUGAAAGUAUAUAAUAAAAACCUAUUUAAUAUAAUGCAGUGUGUCGUAAUUUAUAUGAAGCCAUAGCGACAAUCUUUUGAGACAAGCAAUCCUAAACAAAGACUGAUGAAAACUACUGAAUGUGGAAGUCACGACUGAGCAGCUCAUAAUCAGAUGAAGAGAACACAGAUAUCCAAUAAUAUCAAAUGCUGAUUUGAUUUUGCACUGUCCCAAAAGCCAUUUUCUAAAAAAAAAAAUAAACCAAAAUUGGGAGAAAAGGUCACUCCAGUUUAGGUUAGAAUGGUUUUAUUUCUGAUAAAUGUGCUUUUUUUUAAAAAACAUUGUUUCAACUUUUAGCCUGUGAAACAAAAAAGUGAAAACUCUCCUUCAGCUAAGCUUAUUUAGUUUAGUUUUAGUAGAAACCAAAGAUAUUCAAGAAAAGCAGCAGAUUUUGUGUUGUGAGAAUAAGAAGCCAGAGAAAUUUUGGCGCUUUUUUUUUUUCAGUUUUUGCUUACAAAAUGGACUGAAAUGAUUCAUCGAUCAUGAAAAAUUCUCCAACCGAUCGAUUUAUUGUUUCACCUCUGCAUCAGUCAGACCAAAAAGAGACGUCACAGUUAAAGGUGGAGCUUGUGAUUGAAAUCCAGUGCAGCUUUCAGCCAAAUUCAGUGAAUAUUUCGUCACGGUUCGCUCGCCGUCCGUUCUGGUGUUUGUCCACAAUCAUCGGUCUGUGACUGGGAAACAAAGAGGCUCAAAUCGAUCCUGUUUUGUGCACAUUCAGGGCGCGUUUGUAGCGAGAAGGAUGGAAAAUCUGACACAUGUAAACUAUCAAGAUGUGCUAAAUACGAACAAUCUCUCUCCAGAAUCGCAAACUCUACCUUUAACAGUGCUGUUUCCGUCUUUCCUAAACACCAAAAUGCUCCGAAAAGUUCAUUUAAAUGAAGUCAGACAAGCUAAAUUAAGAUGGAAUAUUGGCAAGCAUAAAUGUGAAAUCUAGCAGAGUAAAAGAAAAGCAUUCAUAAAGUGCACAGACGUUGGAUCCGCUCACAUGGAGAAAUAUUAGUGAGCAGAAAAGCUCAGUCUAAACUGUAAUAUGUCCCAGGGGGAAGCAGAAAGUAGGGCACUGUUGUUGCUUUUUGUUGUGUUUUUUUUUCUCUUUUUUUUUAGAUGACCUGCAUUUGGGAAGUCUGGCUUUAAAAGAGGCAAACAUUGUUUUAUUUGAAUGUAACUUAUUUUGCCAUCGAUUUACAUUUGCGUUGACUUAUUUCCUGGUCCUCUGUGUAUGUUUACAUGUUUGCAUUCUGUUUUGUUGUGCCGCUGUCUGAGUGUUUCCACAGAGUUAUACCACCUCGAGUUUUUUUUUUUUUUUUUGGAAAUAUUUAAUUUAUGCAGUAUUUAUAAGACUAGUACUGCAUUCUGUUGGGCAGACAUUUUGUCGUGCUUUUCUUCUCGUUUUAGCUGCAUGAGUGUUGGCAUACUGUACGGCUGUGUGCUCGCAACCAUAGAAGAACAUUUUGUCACUUCCAGAUUUUUUUUUUCUUUACACAAAAAAUAAAUUCUUUUGUGUUGAAAUCA